AUGAUUCGUGAACGUCCUAAUUUCAUGUCCCUCACCUCUGUUGAUGUCAUGGAAAAAUUGAACACUCACGAGGAACAAGAGGAGGGGAAGAGAGAUCUGUAUGGCUCAUCUGAAUGCAAAAAUCAUGCUCUCAAGAUUGUGGCUGAUUCUUCCUCAGAUGGAAAUGCCGAAGAAGAUUCAGAUGACCCAGAACGACGCAGCAAAGAUCUCGCACUGAUCACGAAACGAUUCCAACAUUUCCACAAGAAGAGCCAUGGGAGAUAUGACUUGGGCAACUAUCGAAGCAAAAGCAAGAGCAAGAACUACGACUCCGAUGAUGAGAAGAAAACGAAGAAGUUCUUCAAGAAGAAGGACAACUCCGCCUCAAAAUCUUCGUCAAGACCUUCCUCAAAGAAUCCUUCCAAGUCUUCCUCCAACCGCAAGAAUACUUCUCGCAAGGCCAAGGCAUACAUCGGCAAGGAGAUGGAUUCUGAAGAAGAAGAAGAAUUUUCUACCUCCGAAGAAGAAAAUGAGUCAGAUGAGGACUCCGACUCAGGCAUGGCUGGCAUAGCAUGCACCUCUUCUCCUGCAAUAAAUUUCUUGGGGAACCCGUCAAGUGACGAUGAAACUCCUGCCUACUGCUUCAUGUCCAAGGCUUCGAAAGAAAAGGUAUCCUCCAAACAUCACAAGGUUCACUCCAGUGAUCAAUAUUCUUCUGAUGAGGAUGACCAUGCUAAGUUGAUCCAAAUUGCCAACAUACAACAAAAUUCUCUUGAGAAAAUUGAGAAAACCCUCAGGAAGUCUGAAGGGUUGUUGGUUGAGGACAUGGAGAAAAAUCAGUCAUUGGCCGAGGAGUCUUCCACUCUCAAGUCACGAAUGGAUGAACUCUCAACUCGUCAUGAUUUUCUCUCAACAGACCACGAAAGAUUGACCUACGGCUACCUAAAAAUGAAACAGGAACUCGAGGGGCAGAGAGAGGCCCGUGAUGAUUUGAUGAGAGAAAAUUCUCUUCUCACCCAAUAA